GCCUGUCCCGGCAGCCUGCCAUGCUGCUCUAGAAGGUGCCCUGCCGCUGGGGGAGGUGCUAUGUGGAAGGGGAUGGGACCAUGGAGCGGGACCCCAAGUUUCCUCGCAUCUGCGCCUUGCUCACCUUGUGGCUGCCCAGAAAACACCGAGCAAAACCAUGCAGCCUGCAGCUGCCUACCCCUGCCCAGCUCUCCAACUCGGGUGAAGGCAUCGUGAAGGAGAUCAACAUCACGCACCAUGUGAAGGAAGGCUCCGAGAAGGCUGACCCUUCACAGUUUGAACUUCUCAAGGUCCUGGGGCAAGGCUCCUUCGGCAAGGUCUUCUUAGUAAGAAAAAUCACACCCCCAGACAACAAUCACCUCUACGCCAUGAAGGUCCUGAAGAAAGCAACCUUGAAAGUGCGCGAUCGGGUGAGAACGAAAAUGGAAAGGGACAUCCUGGCUGAUGUGAACCAUCCCUUUGUAGUGAAACUGCACUAUGCAUUCCAGACGGAAGGGAAGCUGUAUCUCAUCCUGGACUUCCUCCGCGGUGGAGACCUCUUCACUCGGCUUUCCAAAGAGGUCAUGUUCACCGAGGAGGAUGUGAAGUUCUACCUAGCAGAGCUGGCGCUAGGGCUGGAUCACUUGCACAGCCUGGGGAUCAUCUACAGAGACCUCAAGCCAGAAAACAUUCUCUUGGAUGAAGAAGGGCACAUCAAACUCACAGAUUUUGGCCUGAGUAAAGAAGCCAUAGACCACGAGAAAAAGGCCUAUUCCUUCUGCGGCACCGUAGAAUACAUGGCACCAGAAGUGGUCAACCGUCAGGGUCACUCCCACAGUGCUGACUGGUGGUCGUAUGGCGUGUUAAUGUUCGAGAUGCUCACGGGUUCCCUGCCAUUCCAAGGCAAAGACCGUAAGGAGACCAUGACACUCAUUCUCAAAGCAAAGCUGGGCAUGCCUCAGUUUCUGAGCUCUGAAGCGCAGAGUCUCCUGCGAGCCCUGUUCAAAAGGAAUCCAGCCAACCGAUUAGGUUCGGGUCCCGAUGGGGCAGAAGAGAUCAAGCGCCAUCCUUUCUACUCUACCAUCGACUGGAACAAACUGUAUCGCAGGGAAAUCAAACCCCCCUUCAAACCUGCAGUGGGCCGGCCAGAUGACACCUUUUAUUUUGACACGGAGUUCACGUCUCGAACGCCGAAAGACUCCCCUGGAAUCCCACCCAGUGCCGGGGCCCAUCAGCUCUUCCGUGGGUUCAGUUUUGUGGCAACUGGCAUGAUGGAGGAUGGCAAAGUCAAAUCUGCCCAAGCACCUUUGAACUCUGUGGUCCAGCAGCUGCAUGGCAAGAGUCUCCAGUUCACCGAUGGCUACAUAGUGAAGGAGGCCAUCGGCGUGGGCUCCUACUCUGUGUGCAAACGUUGCAUUCACAAAGCCACCAACACGGAAUACGCAGUCAAGGUCAUUGAUAAGAGCAAACGAGACCCUUCAGAGGAGAUGGAGAUCCUGCUGCGGUACGGGCAGCACCCCAACAUCAUCACACUGAAAGAUGUGUAUGAGGAUGGAAAGUAUGUUUAUCUGGUGACUGAGCUAAUGAGAGGAGGGGAGCUGUUGGACAAAAUCCUCCGGCAGAAGUGUUUCUCUGAGCGGGAGGCCAGUUCUGUCCUCCAUACGAUCUGUAAGACGGUGGAGUAUCUGCACUCUCAAGGGGUAGUUCACAGGGACUUGAAACCCAGCAACAUCCUCUAUGUGGACGAGUCUGGAAACCCGGAAAACAUUCGCAUCUGCGACUUCGGCUUCGCCAAGCAGCUGAGAGCAGAAAAUGGCCUUCUCAUGACCCCUUGCUACACCGCAAAUUUUGUGGCCCCUGAAGUACUAAAACGUCAAGGCUACGAUGAGGGCUGUGAUAUCUGGAGUUUAGGGAUACUCCUCUAUACGAUGCUGGCAGGGUACACACCAUUUGCCAACGGGCCCAAUGACACUCCCGAAGAGAUCCUGGUGCGAAUAGGAGGCGGGAAGUUCUCUCUCAAAGGGGGAAACUGGGAUACAAUAUCUGAUACGGCCAAGGAUCUGGUAUCCAAGAUGCUUCAUGUUGAUCCUCACCAGCGCCUGACUGCCAAGCAAGUCCUGCAGCACCCGUGGAUAACACAGAAGGACAGCUUACCCCGGAGCCAACUGACUCACCAGGAUGUGCAGCUCGUAAAGGGAGCAAUGGCUGCAACAUAUUCUGCAUUGAACAGCGCCAAGCCAAGCCCCCAGCUGAAGCCCAUUGAGUCAUCCAUUCUGGCACAGAGGCGGGUGAAGAAGCUUCCCUCCACCACACUGUAAUAAGAGCCUGGGGCAGUCCAGGGCCAUGUUUCACAAUGCCCUUGUUCCUGAUAUUUGCACAAGCUACUGAAGACUGGGAGUGGAAAGGCAGGAGUCAAAUAAGGCCUGGAAAGAAGCCCAUCUGUGGACUCUCUACCCAACCCAUGUCAAGGCCAAGUGCCUUUCUACUUCUGAAAGACCAGCUCCUCUUGUGAGCACGUCUUUACCUAUAGGAGUUCACUGUAAAGCCUUUUGUUUAAGGGGGGAAACAAGUGUAAAUUGAUGCUGUUUUUAAAAGGAUUCUUUUGUGUAUAUGAGAAGUAGAAAGUACGAUCCAUGUAACGUUGGCACUAACGAGCAGCCCUGGUUCUUGCCUCCUGAUGAAGAACCAGACCUUGUUCCUAGAUGCAUCGCCAGGGCUGGCACAGCUGCAAGUCUGUCUGUCUGUUCUCAGCUUCUUGUACCCGUAGUUCUUUCCAGCGCGACCUGUUGUCAUAACCACUCCCCAUCUUCACCCUCCUCCCCCUUUGUGUAGAGAGUGUAAAGCCAGUUCUUGAAUUCCAGCCUUGUCUUGGUUUGUUUUGACUUUCUUCCCUUCUCCUCACCAAGCUACGUGACUGCUGUACAAGUGUGUAAGAGUCUGACUUGUGAUCAACACCUAUCUGGAUGUUAAGGCGUCGAGGAUAUCUGUAGAGUCUGGGUCAUUCCUCCAUCCACAUGUCUAUUCCACCAUCACCUCCAGCAUUUGUUCAGGAUUUUGUCUGCUGAGCAGAUGUGGAUGUGGCAGAACUCUUCUCUGUAGCAGUGUCGAGGUUCUGGGUUGGUGUUGGUUUCUCUCCCAAAUGUUUUGCUUUGCAUCACCGAUUCUUGCAAAGAGGAAAAAGAAAACCUAAUAUUUUUCUUAUUUAACUUUGUUCUGUGGCUUAACUCAGGGUUUCUUUCUGAACUGUACAAUAAACUUGUAAUUCAGUUGAAGUUUA